AUGGAGAGCCAAGAUCUGCGACGGGCCUGCUCAGAAAUCGCAAGCAAGCUGGAGAAACUCGUCAUCAUCGGCUUCGGCAGCAGCAAUCCGCGCCCGGACGUCGUGGCCUCGAGCGCCGCCACGGCCGCAGCCAAGGCGGUGGCCGCCGGCUCCGACCAGCAGGUGGAGACGGUGCACUGCGCGUGCUGCGGCGUGGGCGAGGACUGCACGGCGGCGUACAUCCGCGGCGUCCGCGCGUCCUUCUGCGGCGACUGGCUGUGCGGGCUGUGCGCGGAGGCGGUGAAGGAGCGGGUGCGGCGGCAGGAGCAGGACCCGGCGGGCGGCGGCGGCGGCGGCGUGGCAGCGGCGCUGGGCGCCCACGAGGCCGAGUGCAGGGACUUCAACGCCACGACGAGGCUGAACCCGACGCUGUCCCUGGCGGGCUCCAUGCGCCGCAUCGCGCGCCGGAGCCUGGACCGGAGGACGGCGUCGUGCCAGGAGCGGAGGAGCAGCCUCAACGCGUCGGCGGCCCGGGCCGCGGCGCUCACCAGGUCGGCCAGCUGCGACCAGUAG